AUGGCUGAGAGGGCCCAGCAGCAGAGCUCUGUUGAGUCUCGGGACAACAUCUCCCUGAGCUCUACUGGCUCAACGAGACCAACAUCUCCAGUGCAGGCAACACUCAUUUGGGAAUUGACAGCUCAUGGUUCUGUACAUUGUGAAAAAAGCACUGCCGGGGAAGCCAUCUGUAUCAUUCUUUCCACAAAUUCACUGAACCUCCAACCCUCGAGACCUGUACUGGAUUGGACUCAAUCAAUCCAUACAGCUCUUGCAGAUAGCCGGCCGAUAAUGCCUUUUCAGCAAAUGUAUAAACCUCUUAGUCAGGAAGAGGUGGCCUACAUCUGGAAGAGGCUGGAAGAAUAUACAAGACAACUGAGCCACAAUUCAAGAGAGCCAUGCAACCCGCUUGGGCUGCAGGCCAGGAAAACUGUGGAAAGCAGCAGUGACAACAUUAGGAAUGCGCAUGUAGAGAGAUUGCUAUGGUGA